AUGGCCGUCCCCGGAUUUAAAGUCAUCAUUGUGGGCGGUGGCCCAGUUGGGCUGACCGCUGCCAUCGCUCUGGCAAAAGCUGGCAUCGACUUUGUUGUCCUUGAAAGGCGAUCAGACAUCAUCAUCGAUGCUGGCUCAAAUCUCGUCAUGCUUCCAAAUGGCAUGAGAGCUCUCUACCAGCUUGGUCUUGGCGAUGCCCUUGAUGCUGUGAGCUCACCACUCUCAGGCAUCGAAUGCAUCGACCACCAAGGCAAACCCGUCAGUGAUUUACAGUGGUUCUUCCACCUCAAGGAAAAAUUUGGCGCAUUUCCAAGAGUCCUUAGCCGGCAUGAUCUGACCAGAGUCCUGUACGAAGGCAUCCCCGCCCACGCACGAUCCAAUAUCUACACAAAUAAGAAAGUCUCCAACAUUACUGUUGAAGAAGAUCAAACUGUCGUGUCGUGUGCGGACGGCACCUCCUAUUCUGGCUCCAUAGUUAUCGGUGCCGACGGCGCUCACAGCAGUGUCCGCCAGCAAAUGCGCACUCUCGGCCUCAACGCCGGCUCACUAGAGAUCAAUGAGGAGCAACCUUAUCUCACCACUUAUAGAUGCCUUUGGCUUCGGAUUCCUACAUCUCUCUGUCAAGGCUUGGAGCCAGGCACAACAGUCGAGACACAUGGUCCUGGCGCUGCAACGCAGUUUUUUGUUGGCGAAGAGACCGCUGUCAUCGGCUUAUAUGAAACUCUAGAUGCGCCAACCCGUGAGAGGUUUCGAUUCACAGAGGCAGACGAAGCUUCGAUUGUCGAGCGAUGGGGCCACCUCCCCCUUACCUCAAAAGGGGGUUUGAACCUGAAGAAGGCGCACGAGGGCCGUGUCCAAUCCGGCCUAGUGAGUCUCGAGGAGGGUGUCGUCGAACAUUGGAGCUGGGAUGGCCGCAUUGUGCUUGUUGGUGACGCAGCCCACAAGUUCACCCCUAGUACAGGUGCUGGUUGCAAUAACGGUAUUCUCGACAUCGUUAGCCUCGCGAACGAGAUACACAAAGCAGUUGAAUCAGCCGGUGGCUCUGAGCCAAGUAAAGCCUUGCUCGACACAGCCUUCAAGGCAUACCAGGACUCUCGAUACGACACCGUGACAGCAGGGUGCGGGCGUUCUGGCCAGGCCACGGCUAUGGCCACUUGGCAAACCAGGACUCUCGCCUUCGUGGACCGACAUGUACUGUCUGUACAUGCGCUGCAGAAAUUCCUGGCUAGCCGCGGUUCCCCUGAGACAGCAAGCAUGCAGGUGUUUGAUUAUAUCAAAGCUGAAGAACGCAUGAUUGGCAAAGUGCCCUGGGUAAACCCCAUGCCAGCCGUUGCGAAAGUUUAA